CGUCAUCGCUCCGUGUCGCAGCAGAGUAAAAACAAAAGUGUUGAAGUUUGAGUUUGAAUUAAAGAAAAGUGAUUAAACGGUCAUUCACUCAGAAAGUGGGCGUGGCUUGAGUGUGAUUGACAGCUGGAUGCCCCGCCCCUGGUGGUUCCUGCCGAUGGCGGCCUGCUCGGAGCUCCGCCCCCCGGCCCCGCCCCCCCGGCAGACAGAUGUCCCGGUCGAGGCCAUGGUUCACGUCCAGAACUUCCCCGACCCGGCGGCGGCGGUUCGACUCCUGCGGUCCCGCGGGUUUGAGGUGACUGAGCUGGACUGGGGUCAGGUCCGAGCCCCGGUCCUGGUCAGAGGUCACUUCCUGCAGCUCCGGGACGUGAAGGACGAGCUGGAGCAGCUGCUGCAAGCUCCGCCCCCCGACCUGCUUCCGCCCAACAAAGGUCGUUCCCGUCACUCAGGAAGUGGGCGUGGCCCCGACGGGCCCCUCCCCCUCCUCGUGGACUCUGACGUGUUCCUUUACGCACGGCGGGUCAUGGCGGGGAAGCUUAAUACCCUGAUGAUCCUGCACGGAGCCAGCAUGAGCUGGAAGAAGGAGGGGGAGGAGACCACGGCCGUCACCGUGGCAACGCCGGAGGUCCAGCGCCGGCUGCAGGUCAUCCUGCAGGACCUGAGCCGGUCCCUGCGGGUCCAGGACCUCCGUCUGGGGGACCUGGACCAGGACAUGCUGGGAAUCAUCCGGAUGAACGGGGGCGUUAACGGGUCGGUUCUGGUCCAGUUCCUGGGGGACCGGGUCCGCCUGGUCGGCCCGUCAGAGGAGAGCUGGAAGCUGAAGCAGUGGCUGCUGGGAAACCCGGCCCGGGCACUGGGACUCGGACCCAGGAGGGGACCGGUCCAACGGUUCUGGGGGCUCGUACGGAAAACCUUCACUUUAAAAAAAAAAAAAACCCAGACGUUUAAAAAGCGGUAGAAGUAAAAAUCUGAGCCAAAAAGACGAUCCGGGUUUUACUGCUGUCGUCGUCAAGGAGAUGAUUGACAGGCGCAGUGUGGUGGCAAAAAUUGUUGUUCGUUCAAAAAAGUGUUCAAAAAUUAAUGUCAGGACACAAUCAGCUGUCUUUCUGGAGUUUUAAUAAAAAAACAUUCAUGAAUGGGGUCACACGGAGCAGCUGAUCAGACGAGCAGUCAGCCAUGAAAUCAACUAGAGAUGUUUAAGCACACGCUAUCUUAUACUUUCAGCCAGGCUGGGAAAAACUAGACAAAAUAUCACCCUGGCAACCGUGUCAAAGGAGCAUGACCUCGGCAGCAUGGGAGUGUUCACUUGAAAACAGGAUUUGUGACGAAAUAUAUAUGUUAAAUUUCCCAUUACAUUCCACUCUUUUUAGCAUUUUUAUGCUAAACCAUAAUAAAAUAGGAAAUUGCAAUGACCUACCCCGUGACCUCUAUGCUCUGUCCCGCACCAGCCAAACGCUAGCACAAACGCUAGCACAAACGCUAGCACAAACGCUAGCACAAACUAGGGUUGCCACCCGUCCCGUAAAAUACGGAAUUGUCCUUUAUUUGAGAAAAAAAUGUUGCGUCCCGUAUUUAAUUAAUACGGGACACGAUUUGUACCGUAUUUUCAUUAACUUUUACACCAUAUUCUAGUUGAAUUAUUGAAAUAAGUUAACUUUUACACCAUAUUCUAGUUGAAUUAUUGAAAUAAAUUAACUUUUACACCAUAUUCUAGUUGAAUUAUUGAAAUAAAUUAACU